AUGUCUUCAAGUUCAGUAAUCGAUUUUGUUUCAUCAUCUCCUAUUGUAAACGAUGAAACAUCAAAUCAAAGUAUUGAAAUUCCUGUUCCACCAACAUUAAACGUAACACAUAUCUCAACAAAUAAUAAUAUAAAUAAUAAUAAUAAUCCAUCAAAUAAUUCAGAUGACGAUUCUGAUAGUAAUGAUGAACCAUUGCCUAUGAAUAUAACAUUCGAUUGGCUUGAUGAACAAAUGCGUGCUGGUGUUGAUUUACGUCCUAUAUUAUCACGUAUGUUACCCGGUUUACCAAAUGAUGUAUCACAAUCAUCACUUUUUCAACUACUUAUGGAUCUUUUUUUACCUGUACAACAACGUCAACCACUUGAACAAUAUAAAACACUUGAUGAUGCUGUAGAAUUAAUUCGUAAAUGUAAAAAUAUUCUUGUACUUACUGGAGCUGGAAUUUCCGUUAGUUGUGGAAUCCCUGAUUUUCGUUCUCGUAAUGGUGUCUAUGCACGUUUACGUGAAGAAUUUCCUGAAUUACCUAAUCCUACAUCUAUGUUUGAUAUUGAAUAUUUUACACAUGAUCCUCGACCGUUUUUUCGUUUUGCUAAAGAAAUUUGGCCUGGUCAAUAUGAACCAUCAUUAGCUCAUUAUUUUAUAGCUGAAUUAGAACAUCGUGAUCAAUUAUUACGUAAUUAUACACAAAAUAUUGAUUCACUUGAACAUUUAUGUCCCAUAACACGUCUUAUUCAAUGUCAUGGUUCAUUUUCAACAUCAACAUGUCGUCAUUGUCAUAAUCGUGUUAAUAGUGAUGAAAUAAAGAAUGAAAUUUUACAACAAAUUAUUCCACAUUGUAUAAAAUGUUCAAAAACAAUCAAUAAUGCAAUACUUAAACCUGACAUUGUUUUUUUUGGUGAACCAUUACCAGAAGAUUUUCAUAAAACAAUAUCAAUUGAUAAAGAUAAAUGUGAUUUACUCAUUGUUAUGGGUUCAAGUUUAAAAGUUAAACCAGUUUCACUUGUAUCUGAACUUUUACCUGCACAUAUACCACAAAUAUUAAUUAAUCGUGAACGUUUACCACAUAAAUCAUUUGAUAUUGAAUUAUUAGGAAAUUGUGAUGUUAUUAUUAAUGAAUUAUGUCGUCGUUUAGCUAAAUAUGAAUCAUCAUUUGGAAAUAUAAAACGAUUAAAUCAUAGAAAUGAAGAAUUUAUGAAUGAAAUUUUAUAUGAUAAAAUUCGUACGUCAAUGCAACAACAAAAGAAAAAAAAACAAAAAAUAUCUUUUCAUACAACAAAUGAUAUAUCAUUACCUAAAGAACGUUUAUCAUCUCUUCGACCUCGAUUAUUUAAACCACCAAUAAUAACAUCAUCGUCAACAUCAUCAUCAUCAUCUUCACGUAAACGUCCAUUUUCAUCAUUAAAAAAUUCACCAUUAUUCAAUCAAGAUUUAUCAUAUAUAUCUUAUCCACCGCGACGAUAUUUAUUUGCAGGUGCAGAAAUCUAUUUUUCAUCAUCAUCAGAUGAUGGAAGUGAUGAUGAUUUACCUCGUAAACAUACUGAAUGA